GGGCUAAAGCACUAUCAUUGGUCCCAUAUCUUGUCCCCUCACUAUCUCUAUGAUGUGAUCUCUAAAUUUUAUUUUUUUAUCAUAUUCUUCCACUUCUAUUCAAUUACCUUAUUCAUUCACCCCCUCAAAGAAAAACCUUUCCUUUCUUUUUUUCUUCAAAAAAAACACACCAAAUGAAUAAUCAGUAACAAAAGAUAUGUCCUCCAAAGGAAAAGAUAUAGCUGAAGGAUCAUCAGCAGAUCAUCCUCCUCAGCACUCACAGCAGCAGCCGCCGCCUUUGAGUAGAUAUGAAUCUCAAAAGAGGAGAGAUUGGAACACUUUUGGUCAAUACUUAAGGAACCAAAGGCCUCCUGUUGCACUUUCACAGUGUAAUUCAAAUCAAGUACUUGAUUUCCUUAGGUAUUUGGAUCAGUUUGGGAAAACAAAAGUGCACGUUCAAGGGUGUAUUUUUUUUGGUCAAGUCGAACCACCUGCUCCUUGUACUUGUCCUCUUAAACAAGCUUGGGGAAGCCUUGAUGCACUCAUUGGAAGACUAAGAGCUGCUUAUGAAGAAAAUGGAGGGUUACCAGAGACAAAUCCUUUCGCUAGCGGCGCCAUAAGACUUUACCUUCGCCAAGUUAGAGACUCUCAAGCUAAGGCUAGAGGGAUCCCUUAUAAGAAGAAAACGAAGAACAAGAAAAAUGUUUUGAAGCCCAGUAGUAAUGGAGACACCUCAAAUUUACCAGCUAUGCGAAAUUGUUUUGAUCACAUAGUUUUUGAUUAACAAUAACACAUACAUCAUGAUAAGGUAUAAUAAGUACACAAGAUCAUUUAUGUAUUGCAGUAUUUAAUUUACUGUUUAAAUUUUCUAAAACAAUCAAGAUUACUAGAAAAGGAAAUUUCAUCAAAUCCCAUAAAGGUUCUUUUGAAGGUAUGUCUACCUAUUGCAUAUUGUAUUUUCAUUCAUAGUAUAUAACCCUAGUCCAUCAGCUUUUAAAACCCUAAAUAUCAAAUAUAUAUAAUUUUUGAUAAAUGCAUAAUAAUAAGUAUGUACUUUGUGCCUUCUUUUUAUAAUUUGUGUUUACAUUAAUUGAAUGAUCAUAUAAUUGGGACUAUGGAAUGCUAGAUCUACCAUCCAUCCAUUCUCUAUCAUAUGCUAAACGACAAUGUCAUUUUAAUUGGUUUCUGAAUUUUUGUUAAUUUUUUUUAUAUAUUGCUGAUAUAUAAUAUAUUAUAUGUGCAUUAUGUAUAUGCUUUUUUUCUACACAAUCUUACUUCUUUUGGAUUGAUUCACACUAUCAUCCUGAAAUUGGAUAUCUCUUAUAAUAUAUAAGGAUUUAAUUAAACUUUAAUUGAUAUAAAGAUUUUCCUAUUAACUGUAUUCUAAAAUAUAUAGGCAAAAGUUUAAUGGUUCAUAGAAAUUAACUUAGUGUCUCGAAAGUUACAUGUCAGCAACUACAGAUGUUAUGUACCAGAAAGAACAUAGUUUUCAUAAAA